AUGGCAAGCCAUAGGCCAGAACGUUCCGAGCACAAGCUCACCAUCAACCGCGCCCGGCCGACCGCGUCCGUCGUUCAGUCCUCAUCAGCAACAGGCGCCCCGUCACCGCACACCCCUGUCGGCCAACGCUCGUUAUCCUCCAUCUACGGCUCGCCUUCAUCCAGUUACCGGAGCGACGAUGAUACGAUGGUCCUCGAGAUUGGCGCACGACAUCUGCGCGCCGGUUUCGCUGGCGAGAGCUCGCCGCGCUGCAUCUUGAGCUUCGGGCCCGACGAACAGCGGAGAGUCGGCGACUACAGGCAGUGGGAUCCACAGUACUCAAGGAAGAGGCGGAAGCGGAAGAGGGGGCAGGAAUGGGGUCAAGAGUACGAGCUUUGGCGGAUGGAUCUGCGGGACCUCGACCUUGGGCUGGUGACGGACAAGCUCGAGCGCGCAGUGCGCGAAGUCCAGCACAAGCACGUCAUGCUCGACGGCCGUCAGAAGAGGAUUGUGCUUGCCACGCCGCCGGCUAUGCCUAAGCCGCUUCUCUCGUGUGUCCUGACCAGUCUUUUCACGGGAUUCGCUCCACAUCCAACGGGGAUCACGCUUGUGUCGACUCCAGUACUGGCCGCCGUUGCCGCAGGUCUUAGAUCGGCUUUGGUGGUCGAUAUUGGAUGGGCGGAGACGACCGUGACUGCACUGUACGAGUACCGCGAGGUGCAUCAGCGCCGAAGUGUGAGGGCGGGGAGGAUGCUCAGCGAGGAAAUGGGCAAGAUGCUGACUCGGGAAGCCGCGAAGACGGCUGGGCGCUCGGAGCCGCAGGAGGUUGACGGUGUCAGCUUCGACGAGGCAGAAGAAGUCCUUACACGUGUGGGAUGGUGCUUCAGUAGGGAGCAAGCGAAGCGGUUUCAGUCAGCCCAGGAUCUUCCUCCGACUGCCAACGACGCUCUGGAUACACCAAUGUCGAUACCGCUCCCAGCCGCAGAUCCUCCGCUCUCUCUUCAAGUUCCCUUCGUACGCCUAGCUGAGCCCGCAGAGACCGCCCUUCUCGCCUCCUCAACCCCACCCACAGACCUCGAUGACCACGAUCAGCCCCUCGGCCUACUCACCUACACAGCCCUCUUAUCCCUUCCCUCAGACGCCCGCGCAGUUUGCAUGUCCCGCAUUUUGAUCACUGGCGGUGUGUCCAACCUCCCAGGUAUCAAGCGCCGCAUCAUUCAAGAAGUCUCCGCCGUCGUUGCCGAGCGAGGCUGGGAUCCGGUCAAAUCGUACGGCAGCGCCACGAGGAACCCCCAGACAAUCCUUCGAGAGCGUAACCAGAAUCAUCAAAUAAACACGGAUCCUCAACCAGCACCGAGCCCUAGCAAAGAAGGUUCCGGCGCUGCCGCCACUGAUGCCGCAUCCGUACCUGCUGCACUCCGACCGCCGGAGCGCGAUCCAAUAGCGGAAAAGAUCCACGAACUCAACACGAAAGGCCAGAAGCCGUCUGUGACCGGUGUCGUGCGUGGCGUCGAGACACUAGGGGCAUGGGCGGGUGCAAGUCUCAUUGCGCAAUUGCGCACAAAGGGCAUCGUUGAGAUCGAGAGAGAUAGAUUCUUGUCGCAUGGCUUGGCGGGUGCGAGCGUCACGAAGGAAGUGAGUGUCGUGGAGAAGGAGGGCGUUGGGAGGGCCAGGUCGGGGCUGGGACCCGCAGGGAAGGGGGAUAGGGCGAGUUGGACGCUUGGGAUUUGGGCGUGA